GCCCAUAUUUAAGCUAACUGAGCACCUUAGCACUGCAACCAGAUCAGUGUUGUGCGCAUGUGAACUCGAUUACUAGGAAGUAGCGUUUACGUGCAGCAGAACGAUAUCGAGCGAGGAGAUAGAAUCUAUGCUCUUAAGUCAAAGACUUAAUCUUGUUUAACAAGAUGAGGCAUUAUACAAGAAAAACAAAUAGAGCCACUACACCAAAAGAAGUUGUAAUAAUGGCCGUUAAAGGGGUCGUGGAAGAUGGCAACAGCUAUAAUGCUAUGUCAGCUACUUAUAAAAUACCGAAACGAAGUCUAGUCAGAUACUGCAAACAAUAUAAAAAUAUGAAAGCUACAACGGAUGGGAACACAUCAAUGCAAAUUAAAGAUAUAAGUGUAGGCUAUGAAAAGUGCAAACGCAAUCGUAUUUUCACUAGUAAUGACGAAGAUAAUUUAGUUCAAUAUAUUGCAAAAUAUAAUGAUAUUAAUUCAGGAUUGUCAUAUAAGCAAGCAAGAAGACUAACAUAUCAAUAUGCUAUUGCUACUAAAAUAAAGGUACCUCCGUCUUGGAAGAGGAAUAUGAUAGCUGGAGAAGAUUGGUUUUGCAAUUUUAUGAAACGACACAGAACAUUAAAUAUAGGAGCAUCUGAAGCAAGUUUAACUCGAACUACAAAUUUUAAUCACACUACUGUAGGAUUCUUUUUUGACAAUUUGGCGGACAUUAUGACACGUUUUAAAUUGCAGCCGUAUAAUAUAUGGAACAUGGACGAAACAGGAGUGUUUAUAGUGAAGGGAGCGAAUAAAGUGGUGGGAAGACAUGACGUUAAGCAAAUUGAAUGUUUGACUUCUACAGAGAGAAAGCAACUUGUUACAUUAGUUUGCACUGUAUCAGCCUAUGGCAAUUCCAUCCCACCAUUUUUUGUAUUUCCCACAGUUUGUUUUGAGGAAAACUUCAUUCACAAUGGUCCUGUUGGUUGUGCUGGGGCAGCUAGUCCAUCAGGAUGGAUGGAUGAGAAAAAUUUUCUCUUAUACCUGACUCAUUUUGUAAAACAUGUGAGGCCCAGCCAGAACAAUCAUGUUCUGUUUUUAUUGAAUAAUCAUAGUUGCUACUUUUCGAUAAGUGCUCUGGAUUUUGCUAAGGAAAACGGAAUUAUUAUAUUGUCAAUUCCAUCAAACUGCUCUCAUCAAAUACAUCCAUUUGACAUUGGCGUUUCCAGUUCCCUGAAAAUUUUGACAACUACUGCUAUGGACUCGUGGACAUUAAAUCAUCCAGACAAAACUGUUAGCAUAUAUGAUAUUCCUGGUAUUGUUAGAAAUAUUCUACCCAUGGUUCUAACACCCUUAAACAUUAUGGCAGGUUUCGAAAACACAGGAAUUUAUCCAUUAAAACAAAAAGCAUUCAUGGACGCAGACUUUGUCUCAGCAGAUGCAACAGAUAGAGCCGUAUCACCUCAGCAUGAAAAUAAAAUUGUAAUAGCAGAUGGACAAAAUAUAACAGAACAGCCAGCGGUUAAUAUUAUUACAUUUAACAAUCAUGACAAUGAUAAUAACGUUCGAGCUGAAGACGCUUACUGCACAAAUGAUAUUUCUGUGAUGCCAAAUGCCACCGAUAAUAAUAACAUUAUAACAGAUGAUUGGAAAAUAGACUGGAAUAUAAUAGAAAUAACUCCAGAUAUUCAGCAAAUAUCACAAAAUAUGAACGAUAUAACACCGGAGCCCCAACCUUCAACAUCUUGCGAACCCGUGCCAUUUCCGGUUGUUGAAGCUCUAUCACUUGAUAAAGAACCAUUAAGCAAGAUCAGUAUUAAAAAUGUCAGAUCUUUAGCUAAGCGUCAAACUCAAUCAAUUACUGCAAGAGCAAGAAAAGGAAGAACAUCUACAAGUUUAACUAACGAGUCAGUUAGAGAUGGUGUAAAGAAAAGAAAAAGAAAAGGAUAAAGGAUGUUUUUAUAAAAGCAUCUAUGUCAAGAGAA